AUGGAGUCUUGGAGCUUUGGUUAUGUGGGCAAGGGUUUGGUAUCUGAUGAAUCCAAAUCCCAAAUUAUCUUUGGAAACAAUAUGAUUGUGUCUCCAAUUGAUCAAAUGGGCAUCGAGAAUCAAGGGUUUGGAGACAUGUGUUUUCCUCAGAUUGUCGGCAAUUCUGUGUUCAGUACCCCAGUUAUGGCUGCCACUCGCUAUGCAUUUUUUGAAGAAAAUGAAUCAAGUUCUAAGCUAUCGGGCUCUGUUAGCGACUCCGAUCUUAACCUCAAUAGAAUUGUUAAUCAAGAAAUUCCCAAUAUGUUCACUGGUUCCAACAAUCUGUGUUCAUCUGAAGUUUCUAUGCCAUCAAAACAGACACGAGUUGCAGGUUCUCCAUCACCAUUUUGUCAAGUUCUUGGCUGCAACAAGAGCCUCAUCUCUUGCAAAGAUUACCAUAAGAGACAUAAAGUGUGUGAAAUCCACUCAAAGACUGCUAAAGUCAUCGUCAAAGGGGUUGAACAAAGGUUUUGCCAGCAAUGUAGCAGGUUCCAUUUAUUGAGCGAAUUCGACGACGGCAAAAGGAGCUGCCGAAAACGUCUUGCCGACCAUAACGAGCGACGGAGGAAACCUCAUGUGGGUGGACACUACGGUCGCCAUGGGAGAUUGCUUCCAUCAUAUCCAGCAGGUGGCAAAUUUAAAGGGAUUCCAAGAACAAGGGCAACAUCAUCUUCUAUGUAUCAUGAUGAUAUAUGUCCUAUAAAACUUGAAGAUGAAAUGGCCAAUGACAUAAGUUCGAUGACACAAUUGCAUUCGGAAUCUCUAUCUUCUGGUGGUAAUCUUGGACCGCAGUAUCCUUCUCUUUGCAGCGAUAGCAAUCGAUAUACUCAGGCAUCGAGUUCUCUUUUCUUUCCCAUUUUCAGCAAAAAUCCAACAAGUGAGGAUGAAUUCGGCGGCUUCAUCGCCAUGGAUCCUACACGAAUGGCUUCAGAUUCGAGGAGUGCUCUCUCUCUUCUGUCAUCUCAAUCGCAGGGUGGGUUUUCGACAAGAAACUCGACCCACAGCUUACACCCUCUGAUGAUCCCGUUCAACCACAAUGGUGAUCAAGCCUUUGGAGUGUCGAAUAACGUGAACCCGUUGGUGGGUUGUGAAGACGUGAACCCUUCAAAUCGGAUUUGGUCCGGUGAUGGGUCGACAAUCGACUUGUUGCAGCUAUCAUCGGAGCUCGAAAGAGUGGAACAUAAUAAGGAAAUCUUUGGCACAAAUGGUGCUUCUGUUGGGCUCACAACAUCUAACACAUAA